ACCCCCAAGGGCCUAACGAGAGCGACACAAACCUCCACAUAAGCGCAGUUAAAUCGAGAGGCUACAGGACUGGGACAAGCCAGGGACAAGCCCAGGAACAAAUUGAAGAAUAUCCGGCAUCACAAGGACAAGUAAAAACACCGUCAACAUUAUCAGCAAACCGUCCUGUGAUUCGGUCGGUGACUCGACUGGCCAGCAGCGCUGCUGUGGAUUGGAUGUAAAGGAGGUCGGAAUAGUCGAGGGGGAGGGGGAGAAGGAAGGUUGUAAGGUAGACUAGAAAAUAUAUGGUAGUGAGAAACCAAACGUUCCUGUGCAAACACCGCAUAACAGGGUAUUGAGUCAGGCACGCUAGACGUCGUGAAGUAUCGGUAAGGUUCCGAAGACUAAGGGGAAUCAUAAAAGCGAGGUGUCGAGUUGUUGAGCUGCAGAUUCUGUGCUGUCACAGUGGGGUACGGUGUUGACAGAAUCAAGCUGAUCCAUCAGUUGUCGUUUGUUUUGUUCUUGCAGCUAGCUAGCUAACGUUAGCAACGGGGACCUUUAUAGUUAAUAUAGGUAGCUGCAGCUAGUGUUUUGAGAAGUGUUUUGCUACUACCGUUAGCUAUUUAUAACCACUCGCCCGAACCUGACCUCUUAAGUUUUUUAAGGUAAAUGUUAACAUCAGACUGAUGCAAUCGAGCUGUUAGUCAAAGUUUACAUACUUCUCGCCCUGGUCCGCACGAACGCUUUUCACUGAUGUCAACAACGGUACGCAGUUGUUUCAGUGUUACUAAACCGAUCUGUGAAUUUCGCCAGGUCUGACCUCUGGUCUGUUGGCUAGCCAUCUUCUAGCUGAACCAUUAGCUAACUAGCAAGCUAGCGAGUUUGUUAGUUAGCAAACUAUCUGCUUGUACAUUACAGUUAACAGCUGAUUUCGCAGAGAGCCAUCACAGUGAACUUUAUCUGCGGCUGUAGGUUAUCUUAACCUGACACCCCAGGAGACACUCGGGAAAAGUAAGCUCCACCUAUGGCUUCGUUAGAGGACCGUGGGGAUAUGGGGGUUGCGGCUGCUUCGGGUUCCUCCGGUGGGGGGCACGUAGCCGGGGCCAUGGGAGGAGGCCUGGAGGCCGGACCAGGGGGCGCUGGACUGCCAGGGAUUCAAGAGGAGCCAGGGCUGCGAAGAGAGGCCUCCAGUACCGACACCGACCCAGAGGUACCCCGGAAGAAGCGCAUUCGGCUGCAGGAAGGCGAAUCUGGAAAGCUCGAGGAGCGGUUGUACUCAGUGCUCUGUUGCACUGUAUGCCUAGACCUGCCAAAGGCAUCGGUCUAUCAGUGUACGAAUGGGCAUUUGAUGUGUGCAGGUUGUUUUAUUCACCUGCUUGCUGAUGCACGUCUGAAGGAGGAGCAGGCUACCUGCCCUAACUGCCGCUGUGAGAUCAGCAAGAGCCUGUGCUGCCGGAACCUGGCCGUUGAGAAGGCCGUCAGCGAGCUGCCCACAGACUGCUCCUUUUGCCUAAAGCAGUUUCCUCGCUCCAGCCUAGAGCGCCACCAAAAUGAGGAAUGCCAGGACAGAGUGACACGUUGUAAGUAUGUCAGGAUUGGCUGCCCUUGGCAAGGGCCCUUCCAUGAGCUGCCAGCCCACGAGGCGGCAUGUUGCCACCCAAGCAAGAGUGGGCAAGAGUUGAUGGGCAUCUUGAGUGACAUGGACCAGCAGCAUCGUCGGGAGCUCACGCUGUACAGUUCCAUCUUCAAUCUACUCUGUUUUGAGAAGAUCGGCUUUACAGCUAUUUUGCUUCCAGAGGUGCAGUUUCGGCCAUAUCGCACGGAUGAUUUCAUCACGCGUCUAUAUUACGAGACGCCGCGAUUCACCGUGCUCAAUCAGACGUGGGUGCUGAAGGCCCGGGUCAACGACUCGGAGCGCAACCCCAACCUGUCCUGCAAGCGCACGCUCUCCUUCCAGCUGAUCCUCAAGAGCAAGGUCAACGCUACGCUGGAGUGCCACUUCCUGCUGCUGAAGGGGCCCUACGACGACGUGAAGAUCCAGCCCGUCAUCCAGCACCACGUCUUCUCCAACGACGCCAACGAGACUGAAUACGCCCCCCUGCCGAUCACCGACUCGGUGGAGUGCAACAAGCUGCUGGCCGCCAAGAACAUCAACCUGCGUCUUUUUAUCUUCCAGAUCCAGAAAUGAGAACGGGACGUAUGGGCCGAAGGGAUGUAGAGGAGAGGAGAGGAGAGGGUAAGAAAGGACAGGAGAGAAGUACCACUGAAACACAGAUACCUCUGUAUGAGUGAGAAGACAAGGAGAGCAAGACAGAAGGAAGCCAAGGGUUUGGUAUUGCUGCAGCUAGGUCAACCAGUCACAUUGACGUGUGUGUGUGUGUGUGUACUCAAGUACAUGUGUGUAUGAAGUGUGAUUAUGUCCCAAGCUUUAACCAUGGCUUUAAUCCUAGUGUGUGUGUGUGUGUGUGUGUGUGUGUGUGUCUGGUUGCGUGCGUGCGUGUGUGUGCGCGUGUGUGUGUAUGUGUGUGUGAAUAUGUAUGAAUGAAUGUAUGUGUGUGUGUGUCAGGAUGGUGUCGUUUUUUCCAGUUGGGAGUGGGGUCAGUGAUUCCAUCUGGUUGUUUUUAUUUAAAAUGUGUGUGUGUGUGUGUGUGUGUGUGUGCGCGCAUGUGAGUCCUAGUAGUAGUGUUUGCAGACAACUGAGUGCUGGGAUGGGUCAUUGUCCCUGUAAGCUAAUUUUGAUUUGAGUUCUUUUAACUAUAGUGUGUGAGGACCUUUUUACUUGACUUUGAUUUGUAGGGGUCCAAGCAGUGCAGCUGCCAGAGGCCUGUUCGAGGAGUGCUCUUUUUUUUAAAAAUUAUAUUUUAACGCUUUAUUCAGUCUCAGCAAAAAAAAAAAGUAAGACCUAAGAGACACACUAGCAUGUGAAAACCUACCCAGUGGACCGUAUUAGGCACAUGCAGUGACCGAUACGUGUAUUUAAUCAUAUCUAGGGUAGGUUAAUGCUGCCUGGCCACAUUCACAGCAUUUGUGCGAUUUUUCACUGUGGUCUGCAAAUUGUAUAUCAGGAUCUGUUACCACCCAUUAGUUUUGUGAAUGGGCAUUGACUUCAAAUCGAAGUAAAUCCAAUCAGUGAGACAGCUGCUGAUCCAAUUACUGCACGAUACAAAAUGUUUUCGAUUUCACUAUAGUCACAUAAAAGGUUUUCAGUUUCACUAUAGUCACAUUUGGUUGUUGUGAACCUCCUGAAAUUGUCUGACAAGCCCCAUCGAAUUUGGUGGCGAUUAUCUUUCACCAAUGGCAAUGAAGUUGUUAAGAUUCAUAUGAUAGGUCAAACAAAAAGCAAAGGUACUGCUUUUUGAGGGUGAGUGUGUCAAUAAAUAUAGCUAUAUACUGUGAAUGUGAUGUUGAGAUUUCAUGGCAGGUUUUCUCCGUCAAUUUCUGCAAAGUUUCAAAUUUUCCCCCAUCUUUAAUCCACUGAAAGACUUCAAAUUGUCCCCGUGGAAUAUUACAUGACAUAUGCAGUGAGUUUUUUUGUGACUCCAGCUAGACUGCUUGGACCCUGUAUAUUGCUACUUGCAGCCCCCACCCCCCCAGGUUCUAGGUGUGUUCGAUUGUGUAUGUGAGUAUCUUUAUGACUUGGGGGUUUGACUCCAGCAACACAUCUCCAACAUCUUCAGACUCGAUCUGUAUGCUCUUUAAAGACCGAGCCUUGACAGAUUGUAUUCCUGUGAUCAAAGGCCCUGUGUGUAGCCCUGUCAUGAAAAAAAAGGGAUUGACGGUGAUUAGCGUAGGUACAUUUAAAGGAGGUGUUACAGUCGGUUGUGUGUUUAAAGCAGGAAUAGGAAGAGCAAAAAAAAAAAAAUACUUAUGGGCCCAUUCAUAACACAUUCACUUACGCUUUGAAUUUAGAUGUGGUGUUUUGAUGCACAAGGCGGACACAGUGAGUCAUGGUUUAGCCUGUGAACUCUGGACUUGGAAACCUCUUCAGAAGCCAGCCCUCAGCAGACAAGACUUUACUUGAAUUUCAUCUGAGAAACAAUGUGUAGAGACUGUAAUUAGUCUGUUAGGAUAUAGUUUGUGCUUAUAACUCUUCUUUUGCCAACCAAUCUCAUGCAGUCUGGCUGUACAUGUGCCUUUCUAUUAAAACUAAUCUCAACUAAAUAUUGUGUGUCAAUGUUUGUUAGUGAUGGUGAAGCUGCUAAAACUGCUCAAAGAAGUACAGAUAUCAAAGUGAAUUUGGUUUGAACAAGAAACUAUACUGGAAUCCUGAUUCCUGACUGAUGAAACAUUGACACAAAUGUACAAAACAACAUAAGGUAGCCUAUAGGGUGACCUUUGUUACAGGGGAUCCAAGGUAUUAUAAUUAGCGUUUGCUCAUGCCCACAGAAAUGCACAAUUAUGAUGUUUUCAGUCAAACUGAGGAUCCAGUUGCAAAAUAAUUCUAAAUUCUUGGAAGUAGGGUAACUGGGCUGCAGAAACAUCAUCUGUACCAACUCUGCUGCCACUUAAAACAAUAGUCCACCAUGGCCUGUGGAAUAUGUAAUGGCUUGAAAUGGUCAUCAAUGGAAUUAAAAAGGUCAAGUUCACUACUGAAUCUGACUCUGAUGAUUAUAAGCCCACAGGAAAUCACUUUGGGAGUGUGGUUUAUUUUACUUGACUUCAUGUUAUGUUUUAAAAGCAGACAAUUGCAAAGAAACAAAGUUGAACUUGAUAUUGUUGAAAAAAGUUCAAUCAACAUUGGCAAUAUUGUGAAAUGCAUUCAAGUAUAUAAAUCCUGCAUGUUCUCUGUCCUACUGGUUUCAUACCAGUAGUGAGUAAGCCUGGCUUCAGAAAGUAAAAGGUCCAUUAUUAAGCAUAUUCGAUUUCAUGCAGCGUUGCACGGAUCUGGCUUGACAUGAUGCAUGCUAGGUUGAACACAAUGCAUGCUGCUUAGAAAUGUUGUCCCUCUUCCUUCGGCAUAGAAGGAAGGCAUCAGGAUGUCACCAUGUCACAUGACCUUAUAACCUUGCUGGAGCAGGGCGCCUGCUACAGUCAGCUUGUGCAUUUGCUCAACACGAAAUAGAGCUUGUCCUCACAACGUCAAAAUAUCUCCCUCAUUGGCUGGAGUCUCCGUCCUAUGACAACAAUGAAAUAUGUUUCCCAUAGUACUUCCUUAAGCUAGAAUACACAAAUAUUUCCAGAAAAUUAAGGGAUACCUUCUUUUGUGUGAUUUCUGUAACAGUGGUACUAAAAACGUAUUCUGUUAUUUUAUGCAGUUGUGCAGAUCAAUGACCCAAAUGUACAGAAACACUGACUUUAUGUGCUACAAUGCUGACCUGUUGAAUGUAUGGCAACAAUGGUGUAUUAAAACAACAUCAUAAUAUUUUUUUGUCAGUUAUCAUGUUAAUUUUGAUGGAUAG